CACAUUACUGGGAGUAUUAUUGCUGUGGAGCUCUGUUAUACACUCAGACACAUUACUGGGAGUAUUAUUGCUGUGGAGCUCUGUUACACACUCAGACACAUUACUGGGAGUAUUAUUGCUGCGGAGCUCUGUUAUACACUCAGACACACCAACAAUAUGGAGCUCUGAGAAAAGAGAGACAUUAGAACAGAAAAGAGAGACAGAUGGAUUUGGGCACAAAAUAGGGACUGGAUCUCUUAUAUAGGGACACUUGGAGGUAUGAUUUCUCAUUGUCCUCUGUCUCACUCAGUAUCUCACUUUUGUAUGUCGUAUCAUUCCUACUGUCUAACUUGGUAUCUGUUUCAUUACUCUCACUGUCUCACCGUGCACCUGUCGCAUCAUUCCACUGUGUUACUUGGUAUCUCUUUCCUCGCUCUCAAUGCCUCACUCUGUAUCUGUCUCAUUGCUCCCAUUGUCGCACUAUAUAUGUGUCAUUGCUCCCACUGUCACACUCUGUAUCUGUCUCAGUGCUCCCACUGUCUGACUUGGUGCCUGUCUCUUUGCUCCGACUGCUUUGCCCUGUGUCUGUCUCAUGUCUCACCCUUUCUCACUCUGUAUUUGUCUUUUGUACCUAAUGCUUAAUUUUGUAUCAGUCUCAUCACUCCCUCUGUCUCACUUUGUAUCUAUUUAAGUAUCCCUGUGGUCUCACUAAGAGUUUGUCGCACUGUCCUCACUGAGUCACUUGGUAUCUAUGUGAUAAUCCGCACUCUCACACUUGCUAUCUUUCUCUCUAUUGGCCCCCUGGACAUAGCUUUCAAUAAAGCGUAUUUUCCUUUCAUUAAAUCUCUUCUGCACUUACAGGGCGCACUUGACAAAAAGUUGUCACCGCCUGACUCUUACCUGUCUCAAACUUUGUCUUGCCUGUCUUUUUCCCCUGUCUGCGCUGUCUGGCUCUGGGUUCCCCAUUUAACAGGAGGCCCUGGGCAAAUGCCAACCCUAGAUUAAGUGGCCCUUGCCGUUGUGUAUCCUUCUGAUUGUCCCUUACUGUCCCACGCCGUGUACGCCUCUCCUCCUCCCCUCGCAGCUGUUCUUGUCACUCUGUCCCCGUCCAGCCCUUCUAAGAGACACAGCAGCUAUGGCAUCCCCGACAGUGGCUCGUCUCGCAGGCAGGUCCCAGCUAGACUCAGUGUGUGAAUGCAUGUCUUGUUUGUAGUUUUACCACUGCUGCUGUGUGCAUUUAAUUUAAAAUGUCUUCUCAUUCCUGACCCCUUCCUAACGUUUCCAACUUAAAUUAAUUUUUUUUAUCCAACCCAGUCUGGUCAUUAACCUUCGAUCAGUCUAACAUAAGUACUAUUACUAUUGCCCUUUCUAUUUCUGUCUUACUUUCUUGUUUCUCUUCUGCUCUUAAUCUUUCCUCCCCUCUCUUUCUCUCUCCUCUUUAUUAAUAGUAUCUGCUUUUUAUCUCGCUGAUUUUUUCUGUCCCACUUUGACAGCUUAGCUCUAUAUAUAACUCAAAGACAUAAAUACUUGCACGCUUGGUGUGUGAGCACGUGGAAUAUUUAUAAUUAUAUGUGUUCUUUUUUGCCCCUGUGUAUAUUUUUUAUAACGUCACGAGCUGAGCCCCCAAGUUACUGUGUUUUUUGUAGGGUAUUGGUAGGCAGAUCUGAUAUGGAUGUAGAAAAAAACAUUUACUUAUAUAUCCAAAUAUAAUUUUUACUACAAAGUGGAAUUCUGCAAACUAAUCUCCCAAAUAUCAAAAAUCCCAGGCUAUAAUUGGCCUUUGAUGCUAAGCAGACUUUUUUUGUUUGUGCCAACAACCACCUCAAGGUGAUGGGAUUUAAAAGAUAGCAUCCUUCUAUAUAGUCAUUGUCAUAAGAAAAGUUCGAGCUAUAUGUAGAUAGAUGACAAUAAUAAUAUUAAUACCUUGGUGAAUAUAGUUCUAAAAUAUUUUACAUAAAGACAUUUUAAAGGCAUGAAACUAAUAACAUUUUAUUUUGCUAUUUACUAAGUCAGGGAUGUAAGUGGUCACUAACAGUAAAAUCUCUUCUGUGAUCACUUUGUGGGGUAACCCAUAUCACCCCAUGUUGAUAUUUAUAGAUCCUGUUUCAAAUUUCCCUUAUUCAAUAGAAUGUUUGAUAAAACACUAAAGAUAACAUAGUUCUUACACUGUGCAUGAUUCUAGUCUAGACACGAGCAAUAGUUGUCUGACCGUCAGAACAAAUUUGCAGAGAAAGGAAGGCUCACCUGUACCUAGAAAUAGGACAAUCUGUUCACUUUCAAUUCAUCUCUAAUUCUUUCCUCAUUUUAUCUCUUAAAUCCCAUAUUCUCUUCCUAUACUUCCCAAAAAGUUCAGGUCAGAUGAGAGUUUCCCACUAACUAGUUUAUCAUGCGUUAAGCUGUAAUUACAGUUGCGAUGGCCAUCUCACAAGUGUAUCAUGUUUUUCACAUUCCAAGACCAUUACGCAUGGUUAAGACACUAUUGGGAGCAUGUGAUACUAGCAGCCAAUCAGCAACUAGAUGUGUUAAAGGGACACUGUAGGGACCCAGAUCACUUCGGCUAACUGUGUGUCCCUUUUGCAUCUAGUGCUGCAAUGUUAAACAUUGUUCUACCAGGCCCAGAGGCUGUUCUACCAGGCAGCCACUGGGGGCGCUUCUGGAAUUGUAAUGGACUUUUGGUCCGUUAUCUGAUUAUGGAUGUCCUCAUGCAGAGCAGCGUCAGAUUUUUACCAUUUGCUGCGCAUGCGCACUAGACCUCGCUCGUCGAUGGAUAGAGGAGGGGGCGGUAGUUUUUAAUCCUUUAUUUACCAGACAGGAGGGGGCUAGAGGGAGGGGGAGGCAGAGGGAUCGGUAGUGCCAGGAACACAGCUUUGUGUUCCUGGCACUACAGUAUCCCUUUAAGUUUAACUGAUUAAGUACAGCAUUGUAUCUGACAAUAAUAAAAUGCAGUAUAUGAUCUGGGAUGAUUCAGAAUGGCCAGUCUUCCAAGAAAACCCACAGUUUAGCUAGAACCUGUUUUUAAAAUGUAAUUGUGCUAUCAAGUGGUACAUAGAAUACGUUAUGAAAAGAAUUUACAAUCUGUCAAUUUUCUGUAAGUUGUUUUUUUGCAUAAAACCAUUAUUGUAUACUAGAAGCAGGGUUCAAAACUUCCACUAACUACUAGCCAUUGGCGAGUGAAAAUUUAGCUGUGGAGAUUAGAAAUACACCACUGGGUGGUAUACUGUGGCUUGCAGUGGCAAGUAAAUUUUAAGGCCUGGCUGGUAGCAUAGAAAUUCUGACUUUACGCGUAGAAGAAUCACUAAACAUGUGUCCUCACUAGCUACGAAGUCCUAUUUAUGCAGAAUUAUUAAAAGAAAACUUAUUUAUUUAUAUAAUAAAUCAAUCAAUCUAUCAGUCUAAUACACCAACUCUCUUUCUCUUCCUUCUUUUAAGUCAUACUUUGUCUGUCUCUCUCAAGUGGUCUCUGUGACCAAAUUAUCUACCCUUUCGUCGGAACACUCUUUGUUCACGAGUUGGACACCGAAUAUUUCCAGCACCAAUUUCCGUCCAUUAAGAAUAAUUAUGGUGAGUCAAGUGCAGGUGCUGUCAAAAUAUAUGUAAAAGGAACACGUAAGAAACUCAUUACUGAUUGAGAAUGUAAUGUAAUGAGGUCCAACUCUGUUUCUUGUAGACCACACAAAAUGUUUGUUUAUUUUGAGUGGUUUGAGAGGAGGAUAUCCUUGGCUCAAACUGGCAUUGUUCUCAUAUAUAUAUAAUAGUUAGAUGGUUGAUAGCUUUGCUGUAGAGAAGAUCAGCAGAUAGCUGGUAUUUAUUAAUAAGAGGACUGUUAAUUGAACCUUACAUUACUCCAAGCAUAAUUCUGACUGCUGGGAAUACUGAACUUGAUGGUUGCACGUUGAGGUCUGCUGGACGAGAAUGGUUAAAUCAGCUUAAUGAAUGACCAGCCAUUUCUGAUAUUUCCGAGUUUGUUUAACACAGAUUAUGGUCAACAAUAUCAAAACCCAUGGUCAAUAUUCCAUACAUUAGCUCCAGUAGGUCACAUAGCUCUGCUGAUGGAUCAAAACAAACUUAGACUGAACCAUGCUCAAAAAGUUGGGCAGUUGAUAGCGCUGACACAAUUUUGUGUGGACACAUUUUGUUUUAGUGAUUUUGUCAGUUCCUAUAUGUUCAUCCAUUAAUCUUCUCACAGUGCCAUCUAUUUUUUAUAAUGUCUUUUCCAUUCAUUAUCUCAUUUUCUAGAUGUGGCUCAGAUGGAUCCUAUGACGUUUCGUGCUAACUUGGAAGGGUUCCCAGAUCUUCCUCGAUGGAUGCGUUACACCCAGCGAUCCCCUACUCACAAAGCUUAUCUUUAUGGCUCCCCAACUGAGACAGGGAAACAAGUAAUAGAGGUAUGUAGGUUGGGAAAUACUUUCACAUCAUGAGGUCUGCUACAAGAGGUCACAUGGUUUAUAUAGUUCCACACUGUAUGCCAAUGAUGCUCCAUCUGUCUCUCUCUUUCCCAGGUGACAGCCUAUAAUCGCCAGACAUUCGAAACUGUAAAACAAAGGUUUAUUUUUAACAUUCUCCCUUCACCUGGUGAGUACCAAACUCCAGAUUUCAUAUGACCCCUCCCCCCCAUCUCCCUUACCUUUUUCAGAAUAAUAAAUUUUCUAUCAGAUAGUCUCCAGCCUUUGUACUCUGCAAUUCAAACCAACUAAUUAUAUUUCUUUUUACAAUAUAGUUUUCUUUAUUCACCAAGCAGCCAUUCUUUCAUCUUUCAUUUCUCCGUUGCCUCCAAUCCCGUUACUUCAUCAUACAUGUUUUCAUAAAAUGUUAAUUUUACACUUUCUCACUCCACUAGCCUUUUAUGCUUGUCCUCUGGUGGUGGUUAGUGACGAGUAUAUCCAUUUUUAAAAAAGUAUUGUUAUAAGAUGUGUCAACUGGGAAUUUUAUACACUACUAUCCUGUGACAGACCAACUGGUCACCUAGGACGUGUACAAACGAUACCAAGGACUUGCGGAGCUCAACUUGCAAACGGAAAUGCCAUCGUUAAAAGUGACCUGGAUUUUCCACCAUGUGCUGUGCCAGAUCAGAGGAUGUUUGCGGCCUGGUCAAAAACUGUACACCCAUACUAUUUGGGCUAGGAAUCCAAGUGCUUUUUACACAGAAUGGGUCGCUCCGGCGAGAGCUAUCCGGGGUGGCGCUAUUUUGGGGAUGCGGGCUUGGGGACUUAUGUUUUUGGGUGAAAUUGUUAUAUGGUGCCGAGGUGUCUGGCCGUUAAUAACGUUAAUUCACCAGGUACAGACACCAAGGUGCUAGAUAUUGCAAAAUACCAUUGUUGAGCACACCGUGUUGGGGACCCAGGUAUAUAUGUGUGACAAUCAUAUUAACCCUUACAUUAAGGGUUUAUGUUUAGAUAAUACGCUAUAAUCUCUGCUGAGCUAUCAACUAAAAGUGGGGAAAAAAAGCCCUUGGCAGCGACAACCAGAGUACCUUUGGUUAGGCCGCCACAUAUCCCUAGUCUGCAUUGUAUUUUUUCAAAAUGGCUUUCAGUUUCCUUAAUUAAUUAAGAAAUUAAUAUUUUUUUUAUUAAAGCACGAAUAAAGAAAUUAAGCCAUUUUGGUGUCUGGAUAUUGUGCAACGACCUAUCAGCUAUUGCCAUAUAUUUUAAUCAGUUAAACAUAUCUAUUUCUCCUCUUCCAGCGUUGCAGACUCCAUUCCAGGCAGAAUUUUUGAUUGCCAACUUGGAUGUGGAAGAGAUGCUACCUCCAGAAGCUCAGCUUGAUUUCCAGGCUCCACUGCAGGCCGUGUGGGGUGCCCAACGAACGACCAUUCUUAACAUAACAUCCGCACUAGACAAAGGUGGGCGAGUACCACUACCACUGCCAGGACAUAAAGAGGGGUAUGUACCAAGAGCAUUUUUCUAAUAUCUAUAAUAUUUUAUUGACAACAUAUUGAAAUUUCCUAUAGCAUAACCAGGAUACAUGCAAACUAUGGAGCACUUAACCAGUAAUUGUUACAUUAACACUGCUACAGCAUUCACACACAUCCUCUAACACUAUUCCCCACAAACUGUGGUGGUCUAACACUGCUCUUCUUAACUUCUGGUGGUCUAGGCUGGUCACAUCAUUAUCCAAAUGCUCCAACACUGCUCCACCAAACAUGAGAGGCCCUAACACUGCACCCAGUGGCGUACUAGGGGCUUGGAGCUGAAAAGUGGGGACCUAAUUUUGAAACCUUAAUUUGUGAUUCCGUAGUCUGAGUCUGUAAUUAGAGUUUGGAACCAUAUUAUUAUUAUUAUUAUUAUUAUGAUAUUUAUAGAGCUGUCAAAUUCCGCAUCGCUUUACAAUGGGUGGACGAACAGACAUGUAGUUGUAACCAGACAAGUUGGACACACAGGAACAGAGGGGUUGAGGGCCCUGCUCAAUGAGCUUACAUGCUAGAGGGACUUGGGUAAAAUGACACAAAAAGGUAAGGAUUGUAUUAGACGUAUUAGACGCUUUUAUGAAGAAGUGGGUUUUUAACGAUUUUUUGAAGGAGUGGAGACUGGGUGAGCAUCUAACGGAGGAGGGAAGCGAGUUCCACAGGAACGGUGCAGCCCUCGAGAAAUCUUGAAGUCGAGCAUCAGAGGUGGGAGUACGGACAGAAGAUAGACGUAAGUCUUCAGCAGAUCGUAAGGGCCUAGACGGGACAUACUUGUGUAUAAGGGAGGAUAGAUAGGUGGGAGCAGCAUUAUGUAGAGAUUUGAAGGCAAGAACCACAAUUUUAAAUUGAGCUCUAUAUUUUAUAGGAAGCCAAUGUAGGGACUGACAGAAGGGUGAGGCAUGGGAGGUGCGGGUGGACAGGACGAUGAGCCUCGCCGCCGCAUUCAUUAUGGACUGUAACGGCGCAAGUUGGGAGCAUGUAAAACCACUGAGAAGCGGAUUACAGUAGUCAAGGCGAGAAAGGACAGUGGAAUGGACCAACACCUUAGUCGCAUCUGGCAUUAAGUAGGGGCGGAUGUGCGCAAUGUUUUUGAGAUGGAAAUGACAGGAUUUGGCGAUAGAUUGAACAUGAGGCUUGAAGGAGAGGUCGGAGUCAAAGAGAACACCUAGGCAGUGAGCCUGCGUGGUGGAGCUGAUGGUAGCACCGUUGACUUGAAGGGAGACAGACACAGGAGUAACAACACUUGAGGGAGGAAAGACCAGAAUUUCAGUUUUGGUCAAGUUUAGUUUAAGGAAGUGGGCAUCCAUCCAGUUAGAAACAGCAGAGAGGCAGUCAGAGACACUAGUCAAGAGGGACGGGGAGAGAUCAGGAGAGGACAGGUAGAUUUGCGUGUCAUCUGCAUAGAAAUUAUAUUGGAAGCCAAAGGAGCUAAUGAGUUUACCAAGGGAGGCAGUAUAGAUGGAGAACAGUAGGGACCAAGGACUGAACCUUGGGGGACACCAACAGAGAGGAGUUGGGGAGAAGAAGCAGAGCCAGAGAAAGAAACACUGAAAGAGCGCUGGGAGAGGUAGGAGGAGCACCAGGAGAGAGCAAUAUCUUGUACACUGAUAUUGCGGAGGAUGAGAAGAAGUGGUUGAUGAUCGACAGUGUCAAAAGCCGCAGACAGGUCAAGGAGAAUUAGGAUAGAGUAGUGACCACAAGAUUUUGCAGCGAGUAGAUCAUUGGAUACUUUGGUCAGUGCCGUUUCCACAAAGUGCUUAGCACGGAAACCAGACUGAAGCGGGUCUAGCAGAGAGUUGGACUCGAGGAAGUCUGUCAAUCUCGCAUACACAAUUUUUUCAAAGAUCUUGGAUGCAAAAGGCAUAAAACCAUCCCGGAAUACAUACAUAAACUAGAAAUUUCAAACAUAUAAAAUCAAAAGCAGACUGAGGGACAGAGAAAUUUGCUGGGAGAGCAAUGGGUGCAAUAGGUCACUGUCUAUGGGUCUCAUGGGACACAUCCCAUCAGUUAUGGAACACAGAGGGACUCUUUGCAAUGGGCAUGGAGCAGAGAUUGGCCAUGCUCAAGGUGCAGAUUUGUAAAGACAGUGUUAAAACUAAGUUUGGCCACUUAUUUGUUAUGAGUGGUGUUUCCAGUGUUGCUCAUUCAGAUCAGGGAGGAUAUCUAGGUGGGGAGGAUAUAUGUACGAGGAAUAUGGAACAGAGCAGCAGUAGGUCACAACAACUAAAAAGUCAGGCAAUGUAAGCACUUGCAUAUUGCAGUAUGUAAGGCUGAUGCUUCUGCUCCAAUAGCCACCAUUCUGAUCUGAGCCUGACUGCUCCCACCAACAUCUGGUAUUCUGUCAGACAUAGUGACCAUUUUAAGCAAGAACUAGGAAUCCCAUCGAGAUUUGAUGGUCUAACACUACCCCUCUCCAACAUCCUGUGCUCUAACACUACUCCCCUCAACAUCUGGUGGUAUAACACUACUCUCCUCAACAUCUGGUGGUAUAACACUACUCUCCUCAACAUCUGGUGGUCUAACACUGCUCCCUAACAUCUGGUGCUCUAACACUGCACCCCAGCAUCUGGUGCUUUAACACUGCUCACCUGAACAUCUCGUGAUCUAACACUGCUCCUCUAACAUCUGGUGCUCAACCUCUGCUCCCCCAGCAUCUGGUGCUCUAACACAGCUCCCUUAACAUCCUGUGCUCUCAGGGCCAGCGCUACCAUAAGACGGCACAAGCCUUAGGGCACACGGACCCGAGGGGAGCAAAAAUGUCUGAGUGACCGGCGGGAGCACAGAGAACUCUGCUCCCGCUGGUCAAUUUCUGCAGCAAUCUAUCCAGCUGGCUGGGAAGCGUGCAGCCACUGAGGGAAGGGGGCGGAACAGUGAGGAGCGACUGUGGCAAAUCUUUUCCUGAGCUACAGGCCGCUGGGAUACAUGACGCUGGGAUACGUGACAACAUAUCCUGGUGGCCAACUGCUGUGGAGAGAGGAGGAAAGCUACAAUAGUGCAGUGGGAACACGGUUUAGCAACUAUAAGAAACAGUAAGUGUGUGUGUAAGAGUUAGUGUGUGUGUCUGUGUGUGUAAGAGUUAAUGUGUGUGUGUUGGAGCCAGUGUGUGUGUGUAAGAGUUAGUGUGUGUGUGUGUUAGAGCCAGUGUGUGUAUGUAAGAGCUAGUGUGUGUGUUAGAGCCAGUGUGUGUAUGUAAGAGUUAGUGUGUGUGGAAGAGUUCGUGUGUGUGUCUAUAAGCUGUGUGUGUAAGAGACUGUGUGAGUGUAAAGCAGUGUGUGUGUGAGAGACCGUGUGUGUGUUACAGCCAGUGAGUGUGUAUAAGCAAUGUGUGUAAGAGACUGUUUGUGUGUGUCUGUUACAGCCAAUGAGUGUGUAUAAGCAGUGCGAGUAGGAGAAUGUGUGCGUUAGAGCCAGUGUGUGUGUAAUAGUCAGUGUGUGUGUGUAACGGUCAGUGUGUGUGUGUGUGUGUGUAUGAGCGAGUGUGUGACGCAAGGGGGUAAAGAAAAGUAGGGUGAAGACACAAAACACAUAAAAAAGAAUGCCAAACAGGGGAUACAUUAUACAAAAAUGAAAAACAAGAGAAAAAGGUGGUAAGAUGCACAAAAGGGGCAAAAGAAACCCUGCUCCCUCAACAUCUGGUGGUCAAACACUGCUCCCCUCAACAUCCUGUGCUCUAACACUGGUCCCUCAACAUCUGGUGGUCUAACACUGACCCCCCCAACAUCCUGGGCUCUAACACUGCUCACUCAACAUCAUGGAAUUUUCCACUACUUUCUCAACAUCUCCUGCUCUAACACUGUUCCCACUAACAUCCUGUGCUCUAACACUGUUCCCCCCAACAUCCGGUGCCCUAACACUGCUCCCUCAACAUCUGGUGGUCUCACACUGCUACCUCAGCAUCUGGUGCUCUAACACUGUUCCCCCUAACAUCCUGUGCUUUAACACUGUCCCCCCAACAUCCUGUGCCUUUACACUGCUCCCUCAACAUCUGGUGGUCUCACACUGCUCCCUCAGCAUCUGGUGCUCUAACACUGCUUUCUCAACAUCUCCUGCUCUAACACUGCUCCCCCAACAUCGCCUGCUCUAACACUGCUCCCCUCAACAUGCUGUGCUAACACUGCUGCCCCAACAUCUGGUGGUCUAACACUGCUCCCCCAACAUCUGGUGGUCUAACACUGCUCCAAUGUCAUUGAACAAUUUUCCUUUCUUCCACACUAGGGUUUUUAUUAAGUUGGGCUCUGAUGUACCCUUCUCAGAUUGCCUCAUAGAGUCCCAGGCAAUUGAAGCUCGACAGUUGUGUCAGAAGAGGGGCCAGCCAAUUCUGUCAUGUAAUAACCAGUUUGCAAAUCGAUUCCAAAUAGAUUGGUGCAAUACCAGUCUGGUGAGUAUUUCUGCAAGCAGUACUGUAUACAACCACUAGAUGUCAGCAGAAUAUGACAAACAAUUUAAAAAAUAUAUAUUUUAUAAUUCCAUUAUCUGUAGAGUUAAGUCACAGAACAGGGAGUUGCAUAUUAGACCAAAAUAUCAAAAACAAAAAUGUUCUCCAACUCAGUUCUUCCUUGAGCUUUGAUAUUGUGGCCUAAUAUUUUAAAUUCAAUGGUCACUACCAAACUAUUUGUGAUUCAGUGUAUUACACUAACAGUGAAUUUAAAACAUGUGAUAAAAUUAUAAAAAAUAGAAACUAGUAUAGAUUGGCCUGAGGGUUGUAUUUUAUUUCUAGUUAAUAUUUGUAUUGCUACAUAUGCCUGUAUUGUAUAUGCAAGUAUUAAUUUAAAAAAAAAAAACCUGACAAAGAUAAAUGGGUUAUUGGACAUGUUUGUGAAGUAUUAUCACCCUGCAUAUUUAGAUUAUUCAAAUACAAUUAGUUAUCCGUUUUUGGAUCUCCAAUAUUGUUUUUAAUAUCUUUAAAAAAAUAAUAAUGACAGGCAUUGAUUGUGUUCGUAUAAUAAGUGCUUAAUAAUUAAAAACAAAACACGAACAAGAAUUAGAAAAAAAUAAAUAUAUAUAUAUAAAUAAUAAUUAAUAACGUAAUAACAUCCUCUUUCUAAUAUGACAGAUCUGCCUUGAAGUUAGCAAUAUAGUAGGUAUUUAAUAAAAAUACCAUUGCUGUGGUCUUGAUUCUUGCCAUUUGCAAUCGUUUUUAGCAUCUACGUUUUUCUGACUGCUCUAUCUCAUUCGGGGUUAGCUUAAAUUAUUUAACAAUAUGGCUCUGUGCACGCACAAAUAAUAUUUGAAUGCUAUUUUAAAAACACCUAUCUCACAUUCAAAAUAUGAAUAUGAACUAAUGGGCUGGCAAUGCAUUAUGGGAUAUGUAGUUUAUUAAUGUUUACAGUUAGAUAUCACUAGUUAGCCAUGCUGUUACUGCACUGCCAAUAGAUAAUGGCUAUCCUUCCAAGGUUAUUACAUUUGAAGCCUUAUGAUCCGCAGUCAGAGCAUUAUGGAAGAUGUAGUUCAACACCAAUUGGAAUGCUACUGUUUUUAUUAGCUAUGGAUAGGGCUACCAUAUCCACCAUGUUUCCAGGACACAUAUCAUUUAUACUAAUUAAGGGGCAACAUAUGGAAAGUGCUGCCUGCAGUAUGUAGAAGUGAAAUGCUGCAGUAAGUAAAUCAGAUGAUAAACAGAAACAUAGGAUGUGACGGUAGAUUAAUACCGUUCGGCCCAUCUAGUCUGCCCAAUUUUCUAAAUACUUUCAUUAGUCCCUGGCCUUAUCUUAUAGUUAGGAUAGCCUUAUGCCUAUCCCACGCAUGCUUAAACUCCUUUACUGUGUUAGCCUCUACCACUUCAGCUGGAAGGCUAUUCCAUGCAUCCACUACCCUCUCAGUAAAGUAAUACUUCCUGAUAUUAUUUUUAAACCUUUGUCCCUCUAAUUUAAGACUAUGUCCUCUUGUUGUGGUAGUUUUUCUUCUUUUAAAUAUAGUCUCCUCCUUUACUGUGUUGAUUCCCUUUAUAUAUUUAAAUGUUUCUAUCAUAUCCCCCCUGUCUCAUCUUUCCUCCAAGCUAUACAUGUUAAGAUCCUUUAACCUUUCCUGGUAAGUUUUAUCCUGCAAUCCAUGAACCAGUUUAGUAGCCCUUCUCUGAACAUUCCAAAGUAUCAUUAUCCUGGUAUCAAUCAGAAAUCCUGCAGCAUAUACUUUACCCAUAAUACAGGGCAGUAUAUUCAGGUACUGCCAAUCAACCCGAUGAAAUUAUCUGUGUCAUCACGUUAUUCAGCAUCUGGUUAAUGGUUGGACUAUUUUAGAGCAAAACCGACGUUUCUUGCAUAGAAUUGAAAUAUUUGCCAACCAAUCAUUCCCCUGCAAUUUCACUGCUCAAUUUACUGUCAUUUAGGAGUUAAAUCACUUUGUUUCUGUUUAUGCAGCCCUAGCCACACCUCCCCUGGCUAUGAUUGACAGAGCCUGCAUGAAAAAAAAAAAAAAAAAAAACUGGUUUCACUUUCAAACAUAUGUAAUUUACCUUAAAUAAUUGUAUCUCAAUCUCUAAAUUGAACUUUAAUCACAUACAGAAGGCUCUUGCAGGGUCUAGCAAGCUAUUAACCUAGCAGGGGAUAAGAACAUCUUAAUUAAACAGAACUUAUAAAUAAAAAAUAUAAAUAAACUUAUAAAUAAAAAAACCUAAAUAGGGCUCUCUUUACAGGAAGUGUUUAUGGAAGGCUGUGCAAGUCACAUGCAGGGAGGUGUGACUAGGGUUCAUAAACACAGGGAUUUAACUCCUAAAUGGCAGAGGAUUGAGCAGUUAGGCUGCAGGGGCAUGUUCUAUACACCAAAACUGCUUCAUUAAGCUAAAGUUGUUCAGGUGACUAUAAUGUCCCUUUAAUACCGUAGUAACAAAGAUAAAAUAAAUCAGGUAUCAAAAUUUCAGUCCAUACCUGGAAGUUGCAGGGAGAGGUAGAAAUGCCAUCCGCAAAGAUAAAAAAUUAAAUACAAACCAGGGUAGAAAAAUAUAAAAGAAUAUGUUAGGAAAUACAAAAAUACAAAUAAAUAAGAAUUGAUAGAAUAUUCUUACAUGGUUGAGACACGAUAAAAGGAAUAUCAUUUCAUGGCAUCGCUAUUUUAUGUUCCCAUGCGGUCCAUGUGUGGAUUAUUUUUCACCCACUAUUAUAUUUUCUUGUUUUGUUUUGUAUUUAUUUCAUAUAAUUCUGAUUUAUUUUUUUCACUGUGCCUGUUGUUAAUUUUUUUUAUCUAGCAUUUAUUGCAACAGUGGUUUACAAAGUAUUUAUGUAUUCGUACACUUUGUACAUAUUUGUUACUUAUAUCGGAUACUUGUGUGUUUAUUUAUUUGCUACUGUCUAUGGUUUUUUAUACAAUUAUUGUAUCUUCUACUAUAGUAAUAUUUCACAUAGUAUUUUGUGCUGCCACUCCCCCUCCCACCCUUUAUCUAAUUCUGGAUAUUUCCAAGAGGUAAAAAUGUAAUGUUUUUGUUGAAUUGUGUCUAAAAGUUGAUCCAUAAAGUUUACUGAAAAUGUUUUGUAGCGGAGCUGCAAUAUUAAAUCCCAAUAUCUCCGCUGGUAAAAGACAGUAAUCCCCCCAAAAGCGCUGAAAUGAAGGCGAUAUCCCAAAUUCCCCAGUAACCGGACGAAACACAGUGCUGGGAGUCAACUGAGGUUUUUAUUCACAAGCUCCGGUAUUUAUGUGGUUCCCCAUGCAAGGGGUUUCCUUAGCCCUUUUACAGGGGUUAUACAGUAGGGGACUACAUGGGGAACUGAACAUGCAAGACAUUUUUCCCACCAUGCACUGCUGUACGAGAGGGGUACUCCCACAGAAUAUCCUGUUAAGUGGAUUAUCCCUCCGUACAGCAGAACCGGGCUUUUCACUCAAAAAUAUAUAACUGGCACAUUAUUUGUGCUAUUGUAUCGAAUGACCUAUAGGUAGAUAGCUGGGAUCUGAGCGCAUACUUCGGUAGAUUACCACUCAGAUCCCAGCACAAUCAGUCGAAUGCCACACAAAAUACACUGUAAUAUGAAUUCUCAAUAUAACACACAAAUGCACAUUUUGAAGGAAAGUACUGAAAGACCGGUGUUCCCGAAUGGUCUGGAAGUCCAGCGGUGUUCGUGCCGUCGAGUAGCCGAUUUUAGUUCCAGUUCUAAGCAGAAUAUUUCAUGUAAACAUUGAGUGCUUCCCUAAAAAACCUCUACUGAUGUCACGAGUUAGACACCUAUCAGAUUCAGUAUAUGAUGGGUGCCAAUCUGUAGGGUAAACUACUGCGAUAUUACAUAUUAUUAUUAUUAUAUAUUAUUCGCAGGUUCGAAACCAGAGUAAUCUGAAUGUACCUUUCCUGGUUAAAUACUUAGUUAUUAUUAUUAUAUUACAUUUUAUAGUACACGGGAAAAGAUAAUGUUUCUGCAGAAUCCUGUAAAGUAAUCACACAAGUCUAGGGUUCAAGGUGCAUAUUCCUUGCUACCUUGGGAUCUAUGGCCUGUACUAAAUUAAUUGAAAUAAAAUAGUUCACCUUUUCCCCUUUGUUCUUUGACUUCCUAUCAUUGUAUAGGACUGUAAAAAACACAUUGGGUUUCUUAGGACAUUGUUAGUUGCAGUGUGGGGACACCUAGUGGCUGAAGAUAUGUUUACCAUUGAUUUUUAGGAUUCAAGUUUAUUUUGCUUAAUAGAAAUGGAAUAGACACGUUUCUUUAUCAAAUAGUGGUUUGUUUUGCAGCUCUGUGCUUUAUUACCUGAUUUAUGUCUUCUACAGAUAUACUUUUCAGCACCUCUCCCUACACAGCCUCCUCACCUUUAUUCCGGGAUUAUGGAUGACGAAAGCGAGUUUAAUCCUCCCUCAGAGACCCUGGAAGAAACGUAUUACCUGACUGAUUACCUGCUUACCCUGCUGCUUCCUACCCUUAUUGCUCUGCUCCUCUGUGCAUUUCUUAGCUACAUCAUGUGCUGCCGCAGGGAGGGGAUGUAAGUAUCACUAGGUGGCGCUACAACAGAUAUAAACAGUUUAAAGAUACACUAUGGAGACCAAAACAACUUUAUGUUAAUGAAGCCGUUUUGGUGUAUAGGUCAUGCCCAUGCAGUCUCACUGCUCAAUUCUCUGGCAUUUAGGAGUUAAAUUACUUUGUUUAUUCAGCCCUAGUCACACCUCCCUGCAUGUGACUUACACAGCAUUCCUAAACACUUCCUGUAAAGAGUCAUCUAAUGUUUAAAAUUUAUUGCACAGUCUAUUUCAUUUAGAAUUUCUUAUUUCCUGCUCUGUUAAUAGCCUCCUAGACGCUGUAGAAGCCUCAUGUAUAUGAUUCAAGUUCAAUUUAAAACUCUAAAGAAAUUCUUAUUGAAAAUGAAACCAUUUUUUUCAUGCACAUUGUUUUGGUGCCUGUCGUAUCCCUUUAGGACCACUGCUACCAGGUGACUUCAUUAAGAUAAAGUGUUCUGGUUGCCUAAAGUGUUCCUUUAAUGAUGCGUCAGCUUCAGCUCUUGGGAUCAGGGAAAAGGCAUGGGGCCGAUUCCCAGAGCCAAUAAUCUAAGAAAUAGACCACAAAAUACAGCGGGAUUAUGGAAAGAGAGCAAUUCUGUGGCAAAGUCACUGAAAGCAUUCCAUUGGUUUCCAUGGUAACUGCAAUACUUGUUGACCUUUUAUCUUGAAUUGCUUUCCCUGUAUGCUGGCCCUUUUUUUUAUUUUAUUGUAAAAUGCUCUAUUUGGCCUGUAAAACAAUAUAUACCUUACCUGGAAGGAUGAAUGUGAGUAGUUUGGGGUAAUGUAAUUAGAAAGAUGAAUGUGACUAGUUUGGGGUAUGUGAUUGGAAGGAUGAAUGUGACUAGUUUGGGGUAUGUGAUUGGAAGGAUGAAUGUGACUAGUUUGGGGUAUGUAAUUGGAAGGACGAAUGGGACUAGUUUGGGGUAUGUAAUUGGAAGGAUGAAUGUGACUAGUUUGGGGUAUGUGAUUGGAAGGAUGAAUGUGAGUAGUUUGGGGUGUGUGAUUGGAAGGAUGAAUGUGAGUAGUUUGGGGUAUGUGAUUGGAAGGAUGAAUGUGAGUAGUUUGGGGUAUGUAAUUGGAAGGAUGAAUGUGACUAGUUUGGGGUAUGUGAUUGGAAGGAUGAAUGUGACUAGUUUGGGGUGUGUGAUUGGAAGGAUGAAUGUGAGUAGUUUGGGGUAUGUGAUUGGAAGGAUGAAUGUGACUAGUUUGGGGUGUGUGAUUGGAAGGAUGAAUGUGAGUAGUUUGGGGUAUGUAAUUGGAAGGAUGAAUGUGACUAGUUUGGGGUAUGUGAUUGGAAGGAUUAAUGUGAGUAGUUUGGGGUAAGUGAUUGGAAGGAUGAAUGUGAGUAGUUUGGGGUGUGUGAUUGGAAGGAUGAAUGUGAGUAGUUUGGGGUAUGAAAUUGGAAGGAUGAAUGUUACUAGUUUGGGGUGUGUGAUUGGAAGGAUGAAUGUGACUAGUUUGGGGUAUGUGAUUGGAAGGAUGAAUGUUACUAGUUUGGGGUAUGUGAUUGGAAGGAUGAAUGUGAGUAGUUUGGGGUAUGUAAUUGGAAGGAUGAAUGUGACUAGUUUGGGGUAUGUAAUUGGAAGGAUGAUUGGGACUAGUUUGGGGUAUGUGAUUGGAAGGAUGAAUGUUACUAGUUUGGGGUAUGUGAUUGGAAGGAUGAAUGUGAGUAGCUUGGGGUAUGUAAUUGGAAGGACGAAUGGGACUAGUUUGGGGUAUGUGAUUGGAAGGAUGAAUGUGACUAGUUUGGGGUAUGUGAUUGGAAGGAUGAAUGUGAGUAGUUUGGGAUAUGUAAUUGGAAGGAUGAAUGUGAGUAGUUUGGUGUAUGUGAUUGGAAGGAUGAAUGUGACUAGUUUGGGGUAUGUGAUUGGAAGGAUGAAUGUGACUCGUUUGGGGUAUGUGAUUGGAAGGAUGAAUGUGAGUAGUUUGGGUUAUGUAAUUGGAAGGACGAAUGGGACUAGUUUGGGGUACGUGAUUGGAAGGAUGAAUGUGACUAGUUUGGGGUAUGUGAUUACAUGGAUGAAUUUGAGUAUUUUGGUGUAUGUGAUUGGACGGAUGAAUGUGAGUAGUUUGGGGUAUGUGAUUGGAAGGAUGAAUGUGACUAGUUUGGGGUAUGUAAUUGGAAGGAUGAAUGUGACUAGUUUGGGGUAUGUAAUUGGAAGGAUGAAUGUUACUAGUUUGGGGUAUGUAAUUGGAAGGAUGCAUGUGACUAGUUUGGGGUAUGUAAUUGGAAGGAUGAAUGUGACUAGUUUGGGGUAUGUGAUUGGAAGGAUGCAUGUGACUAGUUUGGGGUAUGUAAUUGGAAGGAUGAAUGUGACUAGUUUGGGGUAUGUAAUUGGAAGGAUGAAUGUGAGUAGUUUGGGGUAUGUGAUUGGAAGGAUGAAUGGGACUAGUUUGGGGUAUGUGAUUGGAAGGAUGAAUGUGACUAAUUUGAGGUAUGUAAUUGGAAGGAUGAAUGGGACUAGUUUGAGAUAUGUCUAUAUGGUAAUUAUGACUAAGUACGAGGCUGGAUGGAAAGUUCAAGGUGGGUGGGGUAGAUAGGGGAAUAUGAAUAUGUGUGUGGAAGGUUAGUGAGUGUAUGUGAAUCACAGGCGUGUUUUUAUAUUGUGCUGCUGCUGGCCCUUUAAGCACCUUUUUGGGGCAUCGGGAAGAUUGGGACACUGCCCCUUUAAGACGGUGUCCCCUGACUUGUUUAAGACGGUGUCCCCAGACUUGUUUGGGACACUGCCCCUUUAAGACAGUGUCCCCUGUGUCCCCAGACCUGGUUAAAACCCUUUGUUCCUAGCUAUUUCCCACUUGGUUCAGUAAAUGGGGCUUACUGAACCAAGUACCACACAGGCGGACCACCUGUAUCGGGAGUGUUAACCGCAGCUUAAUUGACAAUGCUGGGUGGCGUUUGUUUGGUUGCCGAACACAUGACGGCGGCCAUCUUUGUUCAAUCGCAUGAGGUCAGCGGUAUGUGUAGCCAAAUUCAUGGAACUAAAAUCGGCUACACAUUUUCGCGAACAACGCUGAGCCCUACCUUCUCCCACAAUGAUUUUGCAGCCGCAUUCGGCGAUGGGACUUAGUCGUUUUUUCAGCCCAAAAUAGACCGAUGUCAAAUCAAUGGAACUGUUUUGGGCAGGAAAAUGUGCUUGCGGUCGGUCAAAAAGGGACCUCCAGCUAACUUUUUAACCCCUGCAUGGAUUUGGCUGAUUUGGUUAUGUAUAUAUUUGAAGGUUGCUGAUUCUAAAUAGGUAAUUUUUAUGAAGAUUGGAUGUGUGGUUUUAAAGUUACAGUAUAUGUGUAAAAAGUGUAUUUUUCCUGCCUAUGAUAAGUUACAUUAACCCAUUGUGUUCAGUAAUUAUAUCACAGGCAGAGGGAAGGGAUUGUAUGUUGGGGCUGGGUGUGUUUUAUGGUUUUCCUGUAAAUGAUUGGUUGUACUGUGUCCCACCCUGUGGGAUGUCCCCUUGCAUGGGGACUUGCAUAAAAGCCAGUGUGUGGUCAUUAAAAGCAGAUCAUCUUGUACCUUCAUGAAGUUUUGGCUCAUGUUUGGGGGAUUGGAGAACUACACUCUGGGGAUUGCUAUAAUCACUAUACUCCCCAGGCCAGGGACGUAUUAGUCGCGAGGCAAACAAGGCAUUUGCCUGGGCGGCAUUUUCCAGGGGGCGGCAAAAAACACCGCCCCCAAAUACCCAGGGCAAAUGUCUUGUUAGCCUUGCCAGCACCCAGCAGCCAGCCCAUCAGCCCAACCGGCAGCCACUGGACCCCAGGGAGAAAAACAACCCCCCCCCAGCAUUUCCAAAGGUAAGGAGGCUGGAGGGGGGGUUAAAAAAAAAGUGUUAAUGUGAGUGAGUGUGUGUGUGUGUCUGACUGUGUGUGUGUGUCUCUGACUGUGUGUGUGUGUCUGACUGUGUGUAUGUGUCUGUGACUGUGUGUGUGUGUCUCUGACUGUGUAUCUGUGUCUGACUGUGUGUGUGUGUGUGUGUUAGACUGUGUGUGUGUGUCUGACUGUGUGUGUGUGUGUGUAUUUAGAAGGUGGGGCAGGGGGAAGGGAUGGGUCGGGGUGGCGCAGGGGGAGGGGGGUGCCUGAAUUUUGUCCUGCCCAGGGCAGCACAAAACCAGGCUACACCACUGCCUCAGGGUAUGAUCACUAAGCUCUGCUAAGAGCUUGUUCCUGUUCCUGCUCUCUGGAAUUCUGAGAGAGGUCGACCUACUGGAAGCUGGACCCUGGUUUUGGGUCCAGAGUGGGUGGAGACGGCGAGACCCCAACCAAGCUGCGGCGGUUCGUGGGGUCUGCAGUGGUUAUGGUGUCGGGCAGAGUGCUUGGAGUCCUCGGAAAGCACUAGGAGCAUCCGUCAGUGGAAGGUACCCGGUCGGGGUGCCAGCGGUUCCGUUACAGGUGUUCCUGCACUUUUUUUUACAGCAGGAAUGCUGUUCCCGCAGUUCCUGCAGGCACUCAGUGGGUGGCAAAAAACGCCGCCCCCAAAUGCCCUCCUUGUUCCCCCUGUCAUGGGGGGAACCUGAUGGACCCCCUCGGUGGGCGCCUGUCUCCAUAUCAGAUGUGUGUUCUCUCUGCUUCCUCCCACCGCGCGCCGUUUGCUGAUGCUGGGAUCCGGAAUAUGAAGUCAUAUUCCAGCUCCCGGCAUCAGUAGACUGCCUGCGCGGCGAGUAGGAGUAGAGAGAACACAGCUCCCUCGCUGCGUCUGAUAUGGAGACAGGCGCCCACCCCACUGGACCCCAGGGACAGGUCUAUUCCAGCUCUCCAGGUAGGGAGGCUGGGUGGACAUUUUUUAAUUAAAAAGAAAUAUCUGUGAGUGUGUCUGUGAGUGUGUCUGUGAGUGUGUCUCUGAGUAUGUGUGUGUCGGUGAGUGUGUGUCGGUGAGUGUGUCUGAGUAUGUGUGUCAGUGUGUGUGUGUGCACGUGUGUGUAUAUGUAUAUGUGUAUAUAUAUAUAUAUAUAUGAGUGUAUAUUAUUUUGGGGUGGAGGGGGGCGUCUUGGGUGAGUUCCCACACUUUAUUUGCCAGGACUUGACCCUUGAAUCCCUCACUUUUUCCCCUCUUUUUUUCCCCCUUCUUUUACAUGUCCUCCUCUUCUUUCUUUCAAUCCCACACUUGUUCCCCUCCCCUCACUUGGUCUCCUCUUUUUCAUCCCUUAAAAUACCUGUUACAUUCUUCUGUCCCCAUGAUCACACAAUUCUUCAUCACUUUUCUCCUCCACAGACAGCCAGAAAUACAGUAGGUCACGCUGUGUUAUGAUGCUGAUGUCAUUUCCACGUGUUGUAUAGCAGUUCCUUUGGCUGCCUGAGGGGAGAGAGAACCUGGCGCUGUGAGAGCCGGGCAAGAAGGAUAAAGAACCUUUCUCUUUCUCAUCCGAGCACUCUUGCUGCACCACCAACAAUACAGGGUCAACCCUACUCCCCCUCGGUGGACUUUUGGGAAGUCCGGCCCUACUUGCCUGGAAUCUAGCGCCAGUUGAGGUUCUUCCACUCCUCAUCUGACAUCACUCCUGCCCUCUUCCUGGUUCAAUCUCAUAAAGAAAAAUUUUAUUGGACUGUUCUCACUGGCUCAGUGGGCAUGUGCAUGCUCCUAGCCGUGGGGGAGUUGUGGUGAACAAGACAGGGAGGGGAUUUUCACCAAAAAUAGAGUAGAGAGGUAGGCAGAGAGAACUAGGAGGGAGAAAGGGGAGAAAGGGGAGAUAUAAGCUUUCUGUAGUCAUUGUGCAGAGAGCUGACAACAGACAUGUGUUUUGCACAGAUUUAACAUUAGUCUGGGACAAUAACAAUUAACAUUGUUGCAACUAGCCCCUGGCACAAAACUCAAAUAUCUAGGAGCGCAGUUUGCUCCUAGUGAGAGAGGCGGCCAGCGAGAGAGCAAAGGGAGGUACGUCACCCUGGAGUGUGACCAAUGGUGGCUAAAGAUGAGCAAAGCCAAGUCUGAAGGACUGCGGUCAGAGUGAAAUACGCUUUUUCUUUCAUUUCCAGCAACCACAACUGAGAAAGAAAGCAGGAAUAAUGCCAAAGCAAGGAAAGCCACUGGGAAGGGGCAAUAGCCAGGACAGAGGCAGGUCCAAUGGGUCAUUUACUACAAGGAAAGGUGUUUUGGAUCCAAUUCAAUGAAGGAGUAGGAAGGAAUUCUACAUGGGCCGUGUACUGUCCACAUACUGUGCAGCAAGUGACUGAGCUCUUCAUAUAAUAUAUGAUAAAUGCUAAUACCUGUUUUUUUUUUUUCUUCUUGUAGAGAGAAAAGAGAUGGCGAAACAUCUGCGUAAGUUCUGAGCUAUGGAAAUUGCACCUGUUGACAUAUAGCAUUGCGUAUAAUGUUAGUGUGUCCAUUUGUAGGUUGCUUAGCAUGCAACCCUCUGUUGGUUUCCAUCUAGUGUGCUUUUGGAAAAGUCAGUGCCCCAUCCCCUCCAUAUCAUCAGUUGGAAAACUGGCCAUGCAAAGUAUGACUGUCUAGCUGACCACACCACCCCAGGGGUACUUUUUUUUAACAAUACCAGCUUAAUGCCUUGCUGCUGCCUGUAUUACAUGUUGGACAUGUAGGACAGAGGAGGACUUUAGAACGUUCUGUUAUUGACAUUGCGUUCCACCAGAAAGAAACGCCAAUAAGGUAAAGUAACUUCUACAUUUAUUCUACAUGUGCUUUGAAAUGGGAAAGCAACCAGACAGACCAUAGAUAAAAGUUCCAAACGAUUUUUAUUAUGCAAUAAACAAAGUAUGACAGAGCCACCUUUAAGAAACAUUCCACAGAUGACCUGAAGCUAAAGUUCAAGCUCUCUAACAUUGUCCCUGUUUGUGUCCUCCCUCUAACUUACUAAUGCAUUUAUUUUGCUCGUACCCAGGAUUAAAUUUUUCUAAAAUAUACAUGUCAUUUAUUAUAUACCUUGCAUGUUACCAACCUGUUUAAUUAUAUUAAGUUAUGGAUAUAACCUUUUGUUUUAUAUACUGUUUUGUAUUCAUUUUGUCACUUGGUAUAAUACUGUGUUGCCUUGAGUACUACAUUAAAUACUUGGUCUGUCUGAUAUUUUGAAGGUCAUUAUGCCUGUAUGUGUGUAUAUUAUUCAGAGAUUGUCAAAUCCAAAAAGCCUAGAUUCUAGAAUUGUGUCUCUUUAGAAAUAUUGAGAUAGGAUAUACCGUAUUAUAUCCUGACUCCUGCCAAACUAUCGCCCCUGACCCGUGCUCAUAAAAUGCUAGGGCAGGUUAUCUCUCUCACCAACUUCUCUCCAUGCAUUCUGAGCAAUAUAUUAACUAAGAGUAAUUGUAGGAUGAGAUAUGUACUCAGGAGUACCAGUGGGCUUGAAGAACACGUAGGCUCUCUGCUCCUCUGCCAAAAACAGCUACUCUCCUCGGGCAGAAAAGAAGGCAAAAAGUAGGGUUGCUGUGAAUAUUAGAGUGCCAAAUGUCACCUAUAGGCAAAUAUAAAAAAGGGAACACCCCAAACAUCAUAACAACUUCAGCAUAUAGGAGCAGGCAUCUUCUCGCGCCAUGUGGAACAGGUAUUUGUGAAUUUCAUUGUGCAUGUGUGAGAUGGUCUAGCUGGAUCUUUCAUGAAAACUAUUUUGUAUUUUUACUCAUGGUUGUGAGUGCAAAGGUAAUGGGAUCCCUAGAACCUUACUCAGAAGUUAAAGACCCAAAGAUGGUGGUGUGUGGAUACACAUAUUCCUCCUCACCUUGUGGACACCACCAUGCCAGCAGAUAUGUCGCACAGGGUCUUUGAAAAUAAAAUAAUGACUAUAACUCCCCCUACCACAAGUUACAGUAUCGCUACAAAAAUAUUAUUUACGAAUCUUUGUUGUUUUUUUAAACAAUUUUUCAUUUGCAGUUAAAUAGUAUUUUUAAAAACUAACCUCAAGACUGUGAAAAAUUUGUUCUGUUUCAUUUUUUUCUCACCGUUUCUCCUUCAUAAUCUGAAUAAACACAGAUAGGUUUUGUGUUGUUUGUAUAAUGCUUCACUCAGUGUGUGUCGAUCCUUUUUGUUAACCUUGGGAAACACUCCUGCAUUUUUGUUAUUGUUUCUGCUGCCCAUCCUUUGUCAAAAUCAGAAAAUACUGUUCAUAUAUUUGGGUGAAAUAUUAUCUUUCAUUCUUUUAGUAUUCAACUAGUUCACCAGCAGUCCAUCUUUUCCAACACGGAGGAGCUACGACACAUGGCAGGAAACCGGGAUGUCCCGCGUCCUCUCUCCACUCUUCCCAUGUUCAAUGUCCGAACAGGAGAAAGAGCAUCUCCCCGUCAACUGCAUGACGAUAGCGCACGUGUACCUCUUAUCUUGUCACAACAUUAAAUGUCCCUUACUUUCCACAUUCCUGUGCGAUUGGGACAAAAAGGUAUUUACUGUGUUGUCUACCAGGCUUUAGGAUGUUCUUCAUGUAUGUUGCAUAACUAAAUUUGUUUAGGUGCACCAAGGCAGUGGAGCAUUGACAUGUCAUGGUUUUUUUUACUGCUAUUGUCAACACGUUAUUGGGAAAAUGUACAUGUCUAUGGGGACUGUUUGGAACUGGCUGAAUUGGCCCAAGAGCGAUAGAAAGGUUAGUUACAACCCAGUAAUUGUGGGUUUUCACUAGAUUUUACUAGGGCAUUGUCUGGCUGAAAUAAACAUCUUAGCUCAAUAGUGUCCCAUGGCACACGAGAGUCCACCCAUUCUCAUAGAAAGUGCAUUGUAAGACUCAGCUAGUGGAUAUACCUAAAGCAUGUCUCAUAAAUAUAUAUUGCUAAAAGGAAAGGGAGUAGGUGAUGAACAUGGAAAGUUGGUAUGAUGGAAGAAAUAAUGUCAUAGGGGAGUAAGAAAGAUGCUAACUGGGGAAGAACGAGUGGAGUGAGGCAUUGAAUGGGAAGAGGUAAGCCCUAAGGAUAAUGUUAAAGAAAAAAGUUAGCAAGCUGGUUGCAAAUGGCUGAUUUGAUGGCAUUAAAAGGGUACCUGUCAUGGUACUUAUUACUUUAUUUCAUUACCUCUCCUUACUUUAUCUAUACAUUGUGCUGGUGAAUUCACUAGCCACGGGAUAGAUUUUGCGAAAAACAGCUUUGAAAACAUGCCCCCACCCAGGGCCGCCAUUAGGGCAUGACAACCGUGACAAUUGUCACGGGCCCAGCCGACCGGGCCCCACGUGCAUCAGCGGAACAGCCGCCGGUGCAUCUGCACCAGGGCCCACACGCUGAUGGGGCCCGUCAGGUGGCCCAAGCAAUUAAGGCCACCCAAUGGGCCCUAUUAUCGUCAGGUGCCCGGUCAGCGCUGUAAUAGCGCGACCGGGCCCCUUAAAAAAAAAAAAAAAUGCAGCCGGAAGCAAGUGCUGCUGGGAGGAAGUGAUGUCCGGUCAUUUCCUCCCACUUUACUCCGCGCGGGAAGGAGGACGCAGCCUAAGGAGAGGCAGCCGACGCCCAUCAUCCCCAGCCACCCUCCUGCGACGAAAAGGUAAGGAAGAGAGGAGGGUGGCUGGAAAUGAGGUGUGUGUAUGUAUGUAUGCCAGUGUAUGUAUGCCAGUGUAUGUGUGUAUGUAUGCCAGUGUAUGUGUAUGUAUGCCAGUGUAUGUGUGUAUGUAUGCCAGUGUAUGUGUAUGUAUGCCAGUGUAUGUAUGUAUGUGUGUAUGCCAGUGUAUGUAUGCCAGUGUAUGUGUGCAUGUAUGUCAGUGUAUGCGUGUAUGCCAGUGCGUGUAUGUCAGUGUGUGUCUGUAUGUAUGCAUGCCUGUGUGUGUGUAUGUAUGUAUGCCUGUCAGUAUGUAUGUAUGUAUAUAUCAGUAUGCAGUAUGUGUAUGUAUAUGUAUGUUUGUCAGUAUGUAUGUCUGCAUGUAUAUGUGUGUGUGUGUGUGUGUGUGUGUGUCAGUAUCUCUCUAUGCAUGUGUGUAUGUCUGUUUCAGUAUUUGUAUCUGUUAGUGUGUGUGUAUUCCUGUGGGCGGGAUUUGGAGACUGGCUUGAAGGGGGGCCAAGACCUUGAGCUGUGUAAGGGGCCCCAAAAUUUCUGAUGGCGGCCCUGCCCCCACCCAUUAGUCAUAGACUCUUGCCGGCAGACUGUUCUCUUGCUUGGUGGGCUGUGCCAGGCUUUGGGAAGCUUUCCAAUGUUUUCCAAAGAAGGGCAAUGCCAGAGAGGAGGUUGACCCGGACAAUCAAGACGUAUAGAAGGUGGGUUAGAAAACAUUUCUUUGGACCCGAGACAGGACAAUCAAUAUAAUUGGCCAAACUAAAAAAAUGAUGUCACAUUCACUUUUAAAAUGGUUUUGAAGAAUAAAGGCAUUUUGACUGAGGUGACAGCACUAUAUUGAAGGGCAGGGGAUGGGUUGCAUUCGAGGGAAUGAGGAAUAAAGGUUAUCAUAAUUAGAUCAUUCCAGAGGACAAAUGAGCUAGUUUUCUGUAGUUUGUGUCUUUUAUUCUAUCUGCGUUCUCCUACUGGCUUCUAAUGAAUGUUUUGUAUCAUUCCCUACUUCCUCUCAUUUGUAGUUCACAUUUAUUCUUUUUUUUUUUUGUUAUCUAAUUUGCAUUUUAUUGAGCGCAGUUGAGCUAUGUCCUUGACUUCCUCCACAAUCUGUGUCUAAAUUGUAUUCUAUGUAUCAUUGCACGUUAUCUACUAUCUAAAUGAGCCAUCUUAAUGAGCCAUCUUAAGACUCUUUCAUGUGUCCCUUCUAGGCAAUGAGAUCUGUUCCCGAUGUUAAGGGCUGGCAAGAUGCUCAGUACGGCAAUGGCUCUAAAUCCCAAGGACUGAAGGAGAGGAUUACUUUAUUACACUGUUUGAAUCUUAUAUUACUAAUAAAAAGUUAUUGAAUCAACGGAACAGUGUCAGGAUUCAAACUAUACCUUUUUUUUUUUAUCACGCAUAGCAUAUAACGCCCAUGAGAAACACAACUUCCACCUUCCUCUUUUACAGUUCCCUUCUGUAUUGUCUCUGUAUGACCCUGUCUCUCAUAUUACAGUUCUAUUCACUAAACAUCGAGUUGUGAUGUGUUAACAGAUGACAUUUAAUGGUUAAUGGGCCAAAAACUCAAGUUGAAGUAAAUCUCCACCACUGACGAUUUUGUUUAUCUCAACUUGUCUUUUUCGGUCCAACUGUUUUUAAGUAAUUUGUAAACUCACAAGAAAAAAAAUCCCCGAAUUCUCC